UUAAGGAGAGAUCUUCAAUCCAUUGGUUAACUACUCCAAUGACUACAAUUGCCAGCUCUGGGCCAGACCAAAGCCAGGAACCUAAAGCUCCAACUGUGUCUCUCACAUGGGUGGUAGGGUCCGAAAUACUUGCAACAGCUCCUGCUCCUUUCCCAGGCACAUUAGCAGGAAGCCAGAUUGGAAGUAUAACAGCCAUAACUCUAAACAUUGACCUUAAGGGAUGCCAGCAUCACAGGAAGCAACUUAACCCAUUGAGACAAAACAUUGCUCCCUCCCCAAAUCUAUUUUAAAGGAAUUUUCUUUUCACCUUGGUCAAUCUUGAGCAUGUGUCUUUUUUAGUUCAUCUGGCAUGCUAGUUUUGUUUUGCAUUUAUACUUAUGUUUACUGAUUACCAUGUGAACAGCUUUCAGAAUCAUUAGAAGAAACCCCAGUUCUAGAAUAUUAAGGGAAACUCUAUUGUGAUUUUGGAAUUUUAAAAUUAUUUUAAGGGUAGGGUAGUUUCAUUGUGAUUUUGCUCUCUGUUGCCAUAUAGAUUACAGAGGAAACUGUUAUAUAUAAGUAGCAAAUAAGACACUCAGAAAAUCCACUUCCAGUCUUUGUGAUUAGUGAUCCAGGACUGAUAUGUUGAAGAUGAAUGUGCUGUUACAGGUGUUGGUGUCAUUUGAAGACCUGGCUGUGGACUUCACCAAGGAGGAAUGGCAGAACAUGAAUCAUUCUCAGAGGACCCUAUACAGGGAUGUGAUGCUAGAAAUCUAUAGCAUCCUACUGUCCUUGGUUGCUAACAGAAAGGAUGACCUUAUCAAAACCAACCAGAAAAGUGAAGAAGUAAAUUUGAGGGGACCUGAUGAAAUACCAGCUGGAGAGAAACCUCAUGGACCUAAUGUCACUGGGAACUCACUCCAAUACUUGGAACAUCUUAGUCAACAUCACCAGAUUCAGAAUAUACAGCAGGCUUUUGAACACAGUGGCCAAGGGAAAUGCUAUAACAGGAAGAGACUAUCCUUUGAAUGUGAGAGGAUUUGUGUGGAACACACCUCUAAUAAAUCAACUGUCAUUUCAGGAAACAAAACUCUGGUUGAAAGUAAAAAUUUCCAUAAAAAUGUCUAUCUCAAUAAAUAUCAAAAAGCAGGAGAGAAUCUCCAUGGAUCUUUUGAGUAUGAUGAAUCUCUGAAUUACAAAUCAGAUCUUACAAUGUAUCAGAGAACACAUAUGGGGUAAACUGUCCAUAUAUGUAAGCACUGUGGGAAGUCUUUCAGCUGUAAAUCCUGCCUUACUAUCCACCACAGAACUCACAUAGGGGAAAAUCUCAUUGAGUGCAUUGAAUGUGGGAAAAGCAUCUACCAGAAGUCAGACAUCACUAAAGACCAGAGCAUUGCCACAUGGAAAAUCUUCAUGAAUGUAGUGAGUGUGGAAAAGCCUUUUAUCAGAAGUCAUAUCUCGUUAAACACCAGAGAAUCCACACAGGAGAGAAACCUUAUGAAUGUAAGAUAUGUGGGAGAGCAUUUUGCCAGAAUUCACAACUUAGUACACAUCAGAAAAUUCACACAGGGGAGAAACCUUAUGAGUGCAAUGAAUGUGGAAAAGCCUUUUAUCGGAAAUCACAUCUCGUUAUGCAUCAGAGAACUCACACAGGGGAGAAACCUUACAAAUGUAAUGAGUGUGGAAAAGCCUUUUCCCAGAGUUCAGUCCUCAAUAAACAUCAGAUAAUUCACACAGCAGAGAAACCUUAUAAGUGAAAUAUAUGUGGAAAAGCCUUUCGUUGGAAGUCAAGUAUCAUUAUACAUCAGAAAUUCACACAAGGGAGAAAUCUCAUGAAUGCAAUAAUUGUGGAAAACCCUUUUGCCCCAGGACUGCCCUCAUUAGCUGUAAGAGAAAUCAUACAAAGGAGAAACCAUGAUUGUAAUGUGUUGAAAAUCAUUUUGCCACAGGUCUGCCCUCAUUAACUAUCAGAAUUCACAGAAGAGAGAAACCUUAUGAAUGUAAUAUGUGUGGAAAAGCAUUUUGCCAGAAGUCCCAACUAAUUUUUCAUUAGAGCAUGCUCACAGGGGAAAAAAAAAUCUUAUAAAUGCAAAGAAUGUGUAGAAACAUUUUUUCCAGAAUUCAAGGCUCAGUAGUCAUAAAAUUCACACAGAAGGAAACAUUUUCAAUUGACUAAAUAUAAAAAGGACAUAUUUUCCAGGAAUACAUGUCAGCAUACAUGAUAGAAUUCACACAAAGAAGAAAACCAUGAUAAUGGAAUCUUUGUGAACAAUUACUUUGACAGAAGUCUUCAGCACACAUGAGAGAAAUCACAGGAGAAAAGAUACAUGGAUAUAGAUGAAAAUUUUCUACCAUAGGCCAGCUGUUAUUAUCAGAGAACUUACAGAGGAAAAUCUCUACACAUGCAAUGGAAGUGGAAAAUCCAUUUACUCAAAGGCAAUCUUCAGCAAAAAUUACUGAAUUUUGCAAAGAAUGCACUGUAUACAUGUAUUGGAUGUGAAAAAAUGUUUUUGCAAAUCAAACUUCAACAGAUUUUAGGGUUUUCACAGGAGGAAGUAACAAGGUAUGAAGACCUGCUAUAUGUUCUUCAAAAUCAUCUUCCUUUGUGUCAUACAACCUGCAUUUUUAGCUUCCCUACUGUGAGUAGGACAGUGGAAAUGAGCUCUGCUUUCACAUGUGAGUGUUAAUAAAUAUUGCCUAUAAUAUUUACUUAAGGUGCCAUUCUCAUUUACAAAGUUACUUGAUGCAGAUGUUGUGUUGUCUGCCUAUGAUUUUCCCCCUACAUUAUUCUGGUACAGAACAGUGUUAUGAUCACAGUCACAUCACCUCACUCAUUUACGAGCCAUAUGCUCUAUUUUUAGCUUUGGAUAAUGAGUAUUUUGCCUAGGGUAGGGAGUGAGUCUCCUGUAGUCAUGAGUCUCUGAAGCCAGCAGAAUCCCAAACUUUACUUUGUGUAUGUCUUCUAGACUGCUGCUUUUUCCAGCUUCUGUGCUUUUCCUAUUUCUACUUUUUUAUUUAUGUUUAAUUUUAUUUGUUAAACAAGUUUCAUGUAUUUCAUAUUGUACAUAUUGAGAACUAUAGUAGGAUUCCCUGCAUUCUCCCUCCCCCCACAGUACAAUCCUUCCUGCCCCUGCAUCUGAGAUACCCAGUCUUAAUUUUACCAUAAUCUAUUUCCAGUAUACUUAAUGAUCAUAUAGUUAACCCUGCUCUAGGUAAAGGCAUUCAACAUGUAGUAUGGAGAGAGAGAAACAAUACAGAACAGAAGUAAAGAAAUACUGUUACUCAAUGGAAGAGGCAGGGCUAUAAACAGUCCUCAGACCUCAAAAUGUCUGUUUCACUCCAAUACAUUAUAUUUCAACUAUUCUAUUAGUUACAUUGGAUCAGAAGAAACAUAUGGUAUCUGUCUUUUUGA